UUGAUACCGGAAAUGGCCGACAGCUUGGGUAGGUGUGAGCACAAACCGCUUUCCCCAUAUUUUCCCAAAAAUGAUGUUAUUUAGUCGUUUGUCUCAUUGGUCAGGUCGAUGCCGCGAUCGGCAAGAAAGCCUAGGUCGCCUAGGAGGCACUGUGGCAGCACUCAGACUGAUGUGACAGUGUAUGAUUAUGCCGACAGUGACAGGCAGCCAGUGGCUGCGUCUGGAAGAAUGAAGAAGGCAGCUGUGAACGCUGUGAACCAUGAAGUGAAAGAAAUGUGUGGUCCAACCCCAGAAUCGCAGGCUCUGACAUGGUUUGAGAAGAACCUCUCAGAUUUUGAUUCUGACAGUGAAACUGAAGAAAAUGCUCUGAAUUCAGAAGAUGAAGACAUUGCAGAAAUUUUGCAUAACUUGUCCAUGAAAAAGAAGACAAAACAUCCUAAAAGUGAGACGAAAAUGUGCAGAGAAGGAUUUUCCUAUCCCGUAGAAGUCUGGUGGAUGGUGUCGGACUUUGUUCAGCCAGAAGAUGUUGGGAUAUUUGCUGCAAUCUGUAGAACUACACAUAUGAUAACACACACUGCUAGGUUCUGGAUCAAAUUAUACCACAGAUAUUAUAACAUUAACAUCCCAGUGCCAGAUGAUCUUAAACCAACCUGUAUGGAGAGACACCAUGGAAUCAAGGCAAGAGUUAUCCAAGCUCUCUUUCAUCUGCACAAACCUUUUAUUGAGCGGACCAAAGUCAGUGUGCCAUUUGAGGUGGAUUUAUACAGCGUUGAGGCUAUGAAGUGCCAACUGAUGUGGUAUGAAACUGUGAAAAACAAGUGGCAUUUUUCUUUUAAAUUUGAAAAACGUUCAAAGACGACUUGUCCACUGACUAAUACCAUGUCAAAAUCCAAACGCCAGGAUUUAUUCCAUGGUUACAAUGAUGUGGACUUCAAUCCGGACAGAGAUUGUGCCAUACUGCAAGUUUGGUGCUUGAAUUUUAUCUCUAUUCCCAGUGUCAUGGGCUUGCUGCUUAAAAAGGCCUAUCUAAAUGUGAGUCAGAAUAUGCUUAAUCAUAAACUCAAACUGCACUUUGGGCCACACCAGACUGUGAAUUCCAAUGUGAUAAGCAGCAGCGAUGUGCUGGUGACUUUGGACCCUGUGGUGAAUAUUAAAGUUCUCAGGUGGUGGGACACAUUGUAUCCCAGAUCUAUACACAUGAGCAGUUGACAUCUGGUUCAGUAGUGAACACAGAGGGAGGUUUGGGAAGGGGGGAGGGGCUUGGGGUUGUGGAAUGAAAAUUGACAAUGUUGUGCAAUUAUCCCAGAAAACUUCGAGAAGCAAAGUUAAAAAAACAUAAAUCUGAAAAAAAAAAAACAUCUGAAAAAAAUCACAUCCUUUUAGAAUAAAAAAAUCAACAUCUUUACUGCAGAUCCAAUAUUAUACGAGUUGCUUUCCUCGUUCUUAUAGAUGGUUGUGACAUUUAAAGGACAUGCGGCAAUUAUAAAGGACUUGUUGCAGUUUGUGUUUAGAAGCUGGAUGUUCUCAUUUAGCAAUGGCAUGUUUUAUAUAUUUAUUUUAUUAAGUUAUUUAAGAAUGAGAACAGUGCCCACAUGUACCAGUGCUUUCAGUGAAAAACUUUAGGGAAGUCUGAGAUUUCCAAAUAAAGAGCUGUGUAGAAAAA